AUGCGGGAAGUAAAGCUGGAGCCCGACGCCAUCAGCUACAACGCUGGGAUCAGCGCGUGCGAGAAGGGCGAGCAGUGGCAGCCUGCGCUGGCGCUGCUGAGCGAGAUGUCGGAGGCGAAGCUGGAGCCCACCGUCAUCAGCUACAGCGCUGGCAUCAGCGCGUGCGAGAAGGGCAAGCAGUGGGAGUGGGCGCUAGCGCUGCUAAGCAAGGUGUGGGAGACGAAGCUGGAGCCCGACGCAACCUGUUACAGCGCUGGGAUCAGCGCAUGCGAGAGGGGCGAACAGUGGCAGCGGGCGCUGGCGCUGCUGAGCGAAAUGUGUGAGGCGAAGCUGGAGCCCGACGUCAUCUUCAUCUACAGCGCUGGGAUGAACGCGUGCGAGAAGGGCGAGCAGUGGCAGCCUGCUCUGGCGCUGCUGAGCGAGAUGCGGCAAGCGAAGCUGGAGCCCAACGUCAUCUGCUACAGCGCUGCGACCAGCGCGUGCGAGAAGGGCGAGCAGUGGCAGCGGGCGCUGGCGCUGCUGAGCGAGAUGUGGGAAGUAAAGCUGGAGCCCGACGUCAUCUCUCCCACAUGGCCAGAAGGAGCGCGUGCGGGAAGGGAGCAUUCUCAAGUGGACCAAGUCGGCCUCGCCAGAUGA